GAGCUGAUGCUUGGAUUUGCACUCUGCAGGGCUCACAUUAUCCCCUGGAAGCGAAAAGGCGCGUCCAGCUUCCUCCUCUUGCUGUCGGUACUUCAGACUAUUAAGGAGAACAUGAGACGGCAAAGCAAUGCUCCAAGGCGCCCCAAUCUCUUGACACGUGCGGUGGAGGGCGUGUUUGAUCUUGUGCGCCUGGCAGAGUUUGAGAUUCUCUUUGUGGUCUUCCUGGUGAUAGUCCUGCUCCUUAUCAAGGACCUGGUGAGUACAAGGCCAGAAGACCUACAUCUAUUUGACGGGAGCACAAAGCGUUUCCCUCUGUACAUCUGAGGAUCUGUGGGAAUAGGGGAAUGUAAUUCAGAAGUGCAGAGAAAGCCAAUAGAGGAGUAAGUCUCCUGAUCAAACUCUAGGGUUGAGCAUCUGCUGCCUGGAGCAAACAUUUAUCUGCCGAUAAUCCAAGGACAUUUAUCUCUACUUUUAACCUCUGUUGCAGACUGCCCGACCACAAUACAACCAGAUAUUCACGAGAAGCAUCCCGGAUCAGUUGAGGCAAUAGGAUAGUGGCAAGGGAAUAGCAAGCGGCGUGACUGGAAAGCCGCGAAAAUGUUUAAGAACACGUUCCAGUCCGGGUUCCUCUCCAUACUGUACAGCAUAGGGAGCAAGCCCCUCCAAAUUUGGGACAAACAAGUCAAGAAUGGGCACAUCAAACGCAUCACAGAUGGCGACAUCCAGAGCAGCGUCCUGGAGAUCAUGGGCACCAACGUCAGCACCAACUUCAUCACAUGCCCUGCGGACCCGCAGGCCACGCUGGGGAUCAAGCUCCCGUUCCUGGUCAUGAUUAUCAAGAACCUCAAGAAGUACUUCACGUUCGAGGUCCAGGUGCUCGACGACAAGAAUGUGCGCCGCCGGUUCCGGGCGUCCAACUAUCAGUCGACCACGCGGGUGAAGCCGUUCAUCUGCACGAUGCCCAUGCGGCUGGACGAGGGCUGGAACCAGAUCCAGUUCAACCUGAGCGACUUCACGCGGCGCGCGUACGGCACCAACUACAUCGAGACGCUGCGCGUGCAGAUCCACGCCAACUGCCGCAUCCGUCGCAUCUACUUCUCCGACCGGCUCUACUCCGAGGAGGAGCUGCCGCCGGAGUUCAAACUCUUCCUGCCCAUCCAGAAAACGUCAUGAAGGGCAGGCGCUCGCAGCUCAUAGGUUAGGAUCGAACUAUCGGAACAUGCAACCGAGGUGGAUAGGCCAUGCUUGAAGAAUGAUUGGAAGCCGGUUUUGAAAACAUCCUUGAAACGCUCUAGUGCAAGGAGGCUGAAAGCAGCGUUUGCUUCGAGCUCCAUGCGUGAUGUACAUUCAGCAAUUGCAACGGAUCUCGGCGGAUGAGGCCUUCAAAUCCGAGCCUUGAAAAUCAGUUGCAACCGCCAAAACGCAAUCUUGGGAACCGUCAAGCAAGCUCGUAAUAUUCUGCAGUAGUCAGUACUGCACUUCUCAGGGGACGAAAAGCUCCCCUCGGUGGUUUUCCCUUUCAUUUAGUGACCAACAUGACGGUCACAAAAAUGUUGGCGGCUUCAAGCUGAUUGCAAC